AUGGCUUCUCACGAGGUCCCCCAGGACUACAUCCAUGACUCUGACCAGAGUUCUUCCAUCGGAGUCAAAAUCGAUGCUACAGAAUUUCAAGAAGACAUUGGAAAUGCUAGGACUUUGAGAAGAGAGCCGCCUCCAUAUGUGAAGUCGCUCAGUCCUGAGGAGCGAAGGAUUGCAGAGCGAGCCCUCGUUCGAAAGAUAGACUUUCGGCUGAUUCCCAUGAUUGUUAUCAUGUAUAUCCUCAACUACCUCGAUCGCAACAAUAUUGCUGCAGCUAGAUUGGCCGGUCUUGAGGAUGAAUUGAAACUUCAUGGCACUCAAUACCAGACGGCCGUCAGUAUCCUCUUCGUCGGUUACCUGCUUAUGCAAAUUCCGUCCAACUUGUUCCUCAACAAACUCGGUAAACCACGCCUCUACCUACCCACAGCUAUGGUUGUCUGGGGUACUAUCUCCGCCGCUACAGCCGCCGUCCAGUCCUUUGGAGGUCUAAUUGCUGUUCGAUUCUUCCUUGGUUUUGUAGAGGCAGUUUACUUCCCAGGCUGUCUAUAUUACCUCAGCGCGUGGUAUACGCGCAAGGAGCUGGGUUUCAGGACAGCGAUGUUGUACUCGGGAUCUCUUAUCUCCGGUGCCUUCUCUGGUCUCAUCGCAGCCGGGAUCACGAAGAACAUGGAUGGAACGGCAGGCUUACGGGCCUGGAGAUGGUUGUUUAUCAUUGAAGGCAGCAUCACUAUUCUCAUCGCGCUUGUGUCGAUCUUUGUCUUGCCAAACUUUCCCCGAACAACGCCCUGGCUGAACGAACAAGAAAAGGAGCUGGCUGUGUGGCGUCUCGAGGAGGACAUUGGGGAGGAUGAUUGGGUAGGUUCCGAAGAGCAGACUUUCUGGCAUGGGUUCAAGCUCGCGGUCAAGGAUAUCAAGAUGUGGAUCAUGAUGCUCAUGCUCUUCUGCAUCGUCGCGUCCGGCUCGGUGACAAACUUCUUCCCGACCGUCGUCCAGACGCUCGGAUACGGCGACAUCGCGUCCCUGUUGCUGACCGCACCACCCUACGUGCUCUGCGUCAUCACGGCCUUCUUCAACGCCUGGCACGCCGACCGCACCGGCGAGCGUUUCUUCCACGUCACAGUGCCGCUGUACGUGGCCGUGGGGUCGUUCAUCCUCGCGGCCGCAACCACGGCGACCGCGCCGCGCUACGUGGCCAUGAUGCUCAUGGUCCCCGGCGUGUACACCGGCUACGUCGUCGCGCUGGGCUGGAUCAGCAACACGAUGCCCCGCCCUCCCGCGAAGCGCGCCGCCGCCCUUGCCGCCAUCAACGCCGUCAGCAACACCUCGUCCAUCUACGCCAGCUACAUGUUCCCCAAGAGCGACGGGCCCCGCUACGUCUUGGCCAUGAGCGUCUGCUCCGCCACCGCCUUCGUCGCCAUCUGCGCCGCCACCGUGCUCAGGCUCAUCUUGGUGAGGCUGAACCGCAAGCUCGACCGCGGUGAGUGGGUCGAGGGCGCUAUCAAUUCUCCCUCCGCGGUUGCCCGAGACGCGAAGGGAGUGGCCAGCCCUGUCAUCGUCCAGGAAGGCGCGGUGCCCGCUGAGGCUGCUGCCAGCGGGUUCCGGUUCUUGUUGUAG